AUUUCACAUUUUCGCAUGUGCCAAACUUGUGCAAUGUGUAAAGUCAUUUUAUAAAUAUUUAACGGCAUUUGAUGAUUCAAAUAAUACGUAAACAUUAUGCGUGAAUCAGAAUCUUGAUGAAAAUUAGAAUCGGAUUUGAAGAAUUUAUUAAUAAGUCAAUUGAAGGGAGCGUCGAUAAUUAACUAAUUGAAUUCGUCUGAGUUUUAUAGCAGACAUGGGUGGAGUGUUCGGAAAGUCAAAAAAAUCUGCUAGUCGCGUUACAGAACAGGAUAAAGCAGUUCUGCAAUUAAAACAACAAAGAGACAAAAUAAAGCAGUACCAAAAACGAAUUGAACAAUCUCUCGAAAACGAUCGUGAACUUGCAAGGCAAUGUUUGAACAAAGGACAACGCGAACGAGCGAAAUUAAUAUUGCGAAAGAAGAAGUAUCAAGAAAAUUUGCUAGCAACAACUGAUAAAGAGUUGGAAGCACUUGAAAAGCUCACAACUGAUCUUGAAUUUGCUCAAGUUCAACAGCAAGUCGUGGAUGGCUUGCAAGUUGGUAAUGAAGCGUUGAAGAAGAUUCACGAGAUACUUACGAUCGAUGAAGUUGAACGAAUUAUGGAUGAGACCAGAGAAGGAAUCGAGAAACAACAAGAAAUUGAUGCAAUUAUUUCCACUGGUGCUUUAUCACAAGAAGAUGAGGACAGUGUCGCAGCUGAACUCGAAGAGUUGGUUGCUUCAACAUUGCCAGCAAUCGAUGAAGAUUUCGAUGACAAGUUACCGGAUGUUCCUGUUGGAGAGCCGAUAGGUGAAGAGAAAAAGAAGAAGAAGAAGGAAAUUGAACCUGAACGUCGCGUUGCUUUAGAAGCUUAACUCAAAUGUGGAUUUGACGACAAUUGCUCAUCGCUUAAUGUGUCUGCUUAUUGAUUAUAUCCAAUCACGAUUUCAUUCUAAAUCAAUCCACAACAAAAGAAAUUUCUGCGAGCUGUAAACUUGUUCAAAGAGGAAAGAAAUGUAACACAAGAAAAAUGAAAUAUUAAAAUCAAAUAAUUCCUCUUCAUAUUUUUAACGUGAGUGUAUUUUUAUUAUUUAUAUUUUUGCAUUAAUAAAAAGCCUAUUAAAUGUAAACGAAAAAGCUUAUUUUGAUAGAUAACAAUAAAUAUAAUCAGUUUAGAUUGGCUAAUCAGAAGAGUUUGAUGAUUUGGGUCAAUGGCAUUCCAUGGUCAUUACAAUUAUUCACUCAUCAUCGGUUAUUGUCGCUACUGAAACGCGUUAUUUUCAUGUAAGCUUAUUUCAGAAG